UUUGACAAUUUACGUUUGAUAAUCAAUAAUCGACACCUAACACUUAUUCGUUUAAAACUAUUUCCGAUUUUAACGUACACAUACAUAUGAAUUAUUAAUAUAAGGCAAAAUAAUACUAUGACAAUGGCUGAAUGCAUGACUAAAAUGAACAAUGACUUUAAAUAAGUUAUAUGCGCAAACCAAACAAAAGAGCAUUGAUAUUCAUACUCCGCAUUCGUAAACAGUUUCUGCGAAAUUCUAAAAUGGAAUUAUUGCUGCGUAUAGAUUUAUAGAGAGAAUAAGUUGAAAAUCUUUACUUAAUUUCAGUUUUCCGAAGUAUUCAUAUAAGAACGAUGAAGCUAUUAUACGGAUACGUUAUUAAAUUCAUUAAUGGCAAUUUUAAUGGUGCAAACAGAUGAGAAAUGUUUUUAAAUCUUUUUGAAAAAAGGUCGAAUUAAUAGUAAAUUUGAUCAUUCCGGCAUUUUUUUCGAAAAUAUCAUUGCAUUUCUUUUAUUAUUUUCAAAUCUAAAUUUUUUGUUCAAGCCAGGUGUGUAUGACUAAAGACAUGGACACUUUCUGGAUUUUGGACUUUUUGGUGUUAAUGCUUCUUUUUCAGAAAAUGUUUGCAUUUACUUAUACAAGCAAAGAUGGUGUCAAAUUCAGCUAUAAUUUUAGUUUCAAACAAUCAUGUCGUGGUGAAAAGAAUAGAAUUGGCAUAUUGCCAGGAAUUGCACUUCCGGAAUGUGUAAAAGAAUGCGGUAUGCAUCCCCAUUGCAAAGCUCUUAAUUAUAGAAAACGGUACAACGCUUGCUAUCUUUAUUCGUCGGAAGAAAACGAAGAAGACAGAAGUAAAGAAAGUUGCAUAGAGGUCAAGGAAUCAGACAUUGAAAUUAAAGAGAGACCUGGUGACGACAAUACCGAAGACCAGACAUGUGACUCUAGCGAACAAACGUAUAAUAAAUACACAGAAUGCAAGUACAAUGAACCACCGUUAAAUGGUAAGAUUGUAGGAAACAUGAACGGUGUUGGUGACCGCAUACAAUAUAAAUGUGAUUUUGGAUAUGAGGUACCAAAAGAAUCUGAAUAUGCCGUUUGCCGAUCUGACGGAAGUUGGAGUGUGGUUGUCGACAAAUGCACAAAAAUUGAUGAGACAAAUGUUGCCCAAGACAAACAAACUUCCAUGUCAUCAAUAUAUCAUGGUCACGAUGGAACAAAAGGCAUAGAUGGCAAUACUAACCAGGAUUUCGGGCAAGGAUCUUGCUUUCAUACUGAAGAAGAAACAGACCCGUGGUGGCAAGUCGAUCUUGGAGAUAUAUACGAUAUUGUCAAUGUAACACUAUUUAAUCGGGUUGUUGGACAAUGCGAUACUGGCGGAUGCAAUCGGGCUACUGACUUGAGCUUGAGUAUUGGGACGACACUGGAGUCUAUGUACAUUGUUGGCACUGUGCCAGGUCCGAUUAACGAUAUUCAUACCUUCAAAUUCCCUGAGGGUAAAGAGGCAAGAUAUGUUCGAGUGACUCUUGAAGGACAAAAUAAAGUCCUGCAUCUUUGCGAAGUGCAAGUGUUUGGAUUUCCUAUCUACUAAAUCAUUCAACUUACGAUUCGAAAUUGGAGGAAUCGGCAAGCAGGACUUAAAUUAUCUAACUACAAGUAAUUCGACUCAUUUCUGAAGCAACUGGAAAUUUAGAUGGGCGUGUGGCUUUAAGAGUACUGAACCAGACAACUGACUUUGGGUAUUGCACGAAUUAUGACAGCGGCAUCGUGUACUGUCAUUCGAAUAUAUAGAACGUACCCUAGAAAACAAAGUUGUGAAUAAAAUUGUAUGUCUGAAAUAUGGAGUUUCUCAAAUAUAACAUUGUAUAAUCUAUGCUCUUUAUCCACGAAAUUCUUAUUUGUGUACAAUACCUCGUAAAAAUUUACUUGUUCUUGUACUUCAGCGUUAAUAUUUGGAAUAAAAUACCUGCUGAAAUUAAGGAAUCCAUGACAAAAAAAAAUCAUUCAACAAUUUCAAACAACAAUUGUUCGUUCACUCUCCCUAUCGCCCACACACCUUCGCCUUGCUUCUACGCUCCUUUGAUUUGACAUACUCUCCCCCUUUACUUUGAGUAAGUUAUCAUGCCCACCUUAAUUUUGGCUGCCCGAAAUUUAAGGGGGUGUCCAAUUGUUGUUAUUUCCUGCUUAUAUGUAUGCGCUUGUGUGCUUGUGCGUCUUUGUGUCUUGGGCGGUGCCCUACUGUGUUGUGUUUCUCAGUUGUCUAUUUACCUAUGUAGGUUAGUUGUGUGUGUGUGUGUUUGACUUUUGUACAUGAUUGUCUGCGCUACUGUGGUUUUAAUGUAGUGUAACUGUGAUUAAGGAAUGUUGCAAUCCUUUUGUAUAUUCAUCCUUGUUCUACUUUCCCCUUCUACCCACUCACCACAUUGCUACCCCGUAUACCUUUCUCCCCAUAUAUUUAUAUUUUGUACGAAAUUAAAAUGUAAUUGUUGGAUUUUUGAAGCAACCUGUCUGUAAUAUUUUUUCCGUUACAGCUUCAUUUUGUUGUGGGCCUACUUGGUAAAUGCAUGGCUCUGAGGCCGUGUUUGAGGUGUUCUGUGCUUUCGAGAAAUCUGUCCUAACCUAUUAUCUUCCGUGUUUCCUACAAUUUCUAAAUGUUGUUGUUUGUAUACAUAUAAUUAUGUUUAUUGUUAUUCUCUCUCUUUUACAUAUACGAUUGUCUGUCAAAUGAAUAAAUGGGAAGCAGUAUAAUAUAAUGAUAUACUGUUGUAUUGUUGCUGUUGUUUUGUGUGUGUGUGUUUAGCAAAUGAUUUUUGUGAUUGUAAAAUGUUCGUAUUCAUGUAUAUUGUUGUACUGGUUCUUGUUCUAGUGAACAGAAGGCAUUGCUGGAGAAAGUUUGCAUUUCAUUUUAAUGCUAUUUACACUCUGUAUAACCUUUCUUGGAAUAUUAUUAUUAGUAUUAUCAUUAUUAUCAAUAUUUUUAUUAUUAUUAUUAAAAAAAUGUGUGAGAGCUUAAAGUUCCUUUAGACGUCGAAUUUUAUGUUAAGACUAGAUAUAACAGCAGUCUAAAUAGAUGUUAUGCAUAAUUAUAUGGUUACACAAGAACUACGUUUAAAUCUACAUGAUGAAUAUUUGCAGCCACAUUUUCAACUAUGG